AUGACUACCAGGCCGUCAAAUUUUUACUAUCCAGUUUCGGGGGUCGAUGCAGAGAGAUUGUUGAAUACGUACGGUACGGAGGGUGAAUUUCUGGCGCGUCCCAGUGCUUCCAAUCCUUCCGGCUACACCUUAUCUGUGCACAAAGGAGAUCGAAUAAAGCAUGUGAAAAUACAGAACAGUGGGGAUUGCUUAGAUUUGUACGGCGGUGAAACGUUUGCUUCACUCUCAGAACUAGUCCAGUUCUAUGUGGAAAAUCCUGGCCAGCUGCGGGAAAAAGAUGGCGAAGUGAUUUUGCUAAAAUGUCCUCUUGUGGUACCACCAGACGAGGUUGUCUGCUGGUCAUUUUCUCGUCCUUUCAUCGAAAGGUGGUUUCACGCUGGCUUAACGGGUCCAGAAGCAGAACGGUUACUUCUUACUGAGGGCAAACAUGGGACAUAUUUGGUGCGAGAAAGCCAAAGUUCGCCCGGACAGUUUGCUAUUUCGGUGAAAGCAGCCGACGAUAAAGUUAUACAUGUGAGGAUUUAUAGUAAGGUAGUUCGCAGCGAAAUACUGCAUGUAUGCAGUGAAAAUGGAGCGUAUGAACGAUUCAGAUCAAAGGCACUUCAUAUAGCUGCAUCUACGCAAAAUCGAUGA